AUGAGUUUGAAUUUUUUACCAGGUGUACCUAAUAAGACACCACAAGCUGUAUGCCAGCGAUCAUGGAAUAACAAUACAAUUCUUGCAUACUGCUCGGGAAAUAACUUAAUAUUGUUAUCGAAUCGCUCCGAACGACUUCAAACAAUUUAUCUUCCUUCAGACUGUCUUGCUGUUGAUGUCAACCCAGCUAACGGUCUUAUAGCGGUUGCUGUUUCAAAUGAAGUUUUUAUCUAUAAACCAUUGCAUCAAAUAAUGAAAAACCCUAAAUGGGUAUUUUGCACCAAAUUGUAUCAUGAUAGCUCGCAAAUAAAUUCAUUACAGUGGGGAAUGGGAAACGAAUUGGUUAUGGGUUCUGACUACCUAUCAUUUUGGGAUAUCAAAGACGUAUUUGGUGAAUAUAAACCAAGAUUGCUGUGGAGUAAAAGACAACCAUUGCCGGUUUACCUCUGUUCAAUAACACAGGACUCCAAACUAAUAUCCAGCAUGAACUAUAAUGAUAGAAAUGUUAAAUUGUGGAGACGAGUAUCAAUCACUGCAGACUCAGAUUUUUUCGAUUUGAUAAUUCUUCCACAUCCUGACGUAGUAACAUCAUUUAGAUGGAAAACCGCUGAUCAUCAAUGCGACAAAGAGCACACCAUUCAUAUAUUUUACACGAUAUGUGCUGAUCGUAAACUAAGGGUUUGGAUUAGCUUUGAUAUAGACAAUAAAAAAAAUGUUCAAAAUUGGGGUACAGUAGAAAUGUCAAAAGCCGAUAAUGAAAGAUUUUGUGUGAUAUUGGAUAGUUGGUUGAUUCAAAAGGCAAUCACACCCCAACUGAAUAACAAAAAUAAAAAUAAUGAGAUAAUGAGAUUCCUUAUUGAAGAAAAACCAGAAUUAGUUUUAUUUUCUACCCCGGAUCAUAAAAUUAGAGUACUAGCCUUGAAAAAUCUUUCUGAUGAUGUUCCUAAAAUCAUGUCUACAAGAGAAUUACUCAAGACUACGAUAACAACAUCCUCAUUUGGAUCCCGUCCAGAGUUUUUACACUUUCCCGAACCACAGCUUUACGAUGAUGAAAACAGCAUAUCGUUGGUUGUACAUGAUCUUCACGGAAGUGUAAGACAUUCCUUAUUGCAUAUCUCAUCAAUAUUAGAGAACAAAGAAAAUGUUGGUAUUUUACAGCACAAAUGGACCGGUCAUACUAAGUCUAUUCAGAAAGUUUUCCGAAGUAGCGAUGGUUCGGCAGUUCUAACUACCUCUCGUUUUCACGAGAAUUCAUUAUGGGUACCAUUGCAAUUGAAAGACUCUGUCACUUUAGCAAAAAAAGCUCUAAUCGUCACUGAAUCUCCGAUUCGCCACGCUUUAGUUCAUGACAAAGGGAAUCUUGUCGUUACCUUCCUUGAAAAUUACAAAAUUCAGUUGUGGAUAUGCAAACAAUCCAAUAAAUCAGCUUUGUUACAAAGCAGCAUCAAAACCAAUAAUCUGAAAGGCUAUCCAUGUUUAAUGGUCAAUACCCCAGAAAAGGAUCACCAUCACAACACACAUUAUUUUGCUUGCGUAUAUUCAAAUGGAUUUUCUGAGGGUUAUGUAAUUCAGGAUGAUAAAAUAAAACAGCUGGAUAGCAACAGUGUCGACUUAGAAGGCGAGGACGAAUUUCAUCUAAUAACCGCUAUUGACCCUGUGAGAUAUCAUUUCCAAAGUGAUAGGUCAUUGAUUGCCACUAUCACAAAAGGUGGUACUAUUAGAACAUAUAAAGCACAUGCAGAUACGAAAGGCAUAAUUUGGAAGAAAAGCUACGAAACAAACACUGAUGUGAAAAACGCUUCCAAAGUUACGGGAUCGUCAAAUGAUAAGAUGUCCGUGAUAGAUGAAGAAGGUUCCACUAUGACCCUAUGGGAUUUGCGCAGAAGCGUUCUUGAAUACGAAGCAAAUUUUGAUGGUAAGGUUAUUGACAUUGAUUGGACCAGCACAGAGCUUGAACAGAACAUUGUUGCUAUUGGAUUCGAGAAUCACGUCAUUUUAUACACACAGUUGAGAUAUGACUAUACAAAUAGAAACCCACCAUACUUGCCAAUAGAAAAAAUAGACGUUUCAAAACAUACAACUCAUACUAUUGGCGAUUCAACCUGGUUACAAAAUGGAUCUAUAAUAAUUGCAACUGGUAACCAAAUAUUUGUCAAAGAUAAGCGCCUAGAUCUUAACGAUAAAUUCACAUACAGAUCUAUAGGUUCUCGGAAAAUUCUAUCAAAUGACAUAUUGCAUCUAACCAGUGUUUUAAACGGACCUUUGCCUAUAUAUCACCCUCAAUUGCUAAUCCAGUCGCUUUUUGCGAAGAAGAUUAAUCUGGUUAGAGAGAUUUUAUUGAAACUUUUCCACGUACUUCGUGGUAUAGAAUUUGGUUCGGAAAAGGGAAGUAACCAAGGGACGUCUUUAGAAAUGGACCCAUCAAAAUUUUUGCAUUCCAAUAAUUCAACAUACCGUUUUGAUAAGUAUGAAGAACCUUAUAGUACCUUUGACUCUGUAGUCUGUUCAGGACUAAUAAAUUUGCUUUCCAAAAUCCCAUUGCCAUAUCUCACUCGUCAUCAACAGGUAACGUUAAUAUCUGUUGUGGAAGCAGUAGAAGAAAUAAAUCAAAAUGAGAAAAUUGUGGAUAUUAAUGGAGUAAGGUUUAUGUUGGGAGUAAAAUUAUAUAUGUCUCAUAAAAGUACGCAACCAAGCGUUAGUAUGAGAGAUGUUAGUUGGGCAACCCAUUCAGAUAACAAAGAGAUUAUAUUAUCCAAUCUUUCAAGUCGUAUUAAAUCCUGGGAAAAUUUCAGGGAGUUUAAGGUGGCUUAUUGGGCUGAACAGCAAGAUCUCAUAAAUUGGUUUGAAAAGCUAGCCAAAUUAGAAUUUAACAGUCAAGAGAAAAGGGAUCCAUCUAAGUGUUCCAUAUUUUAUUUGGCAUUAAAAAAGAAAAAUAUACUGAUUGGCCUAUGGCGUAUUAGUUCCGGACACCAUGAACAAGCAAAGAUGCUAAAGUUUUUAAACAAUGACUUUUCUGAAAAGCGCUGGCGUACAGCUGCGCUGAAAAAUGCUUUUGUUUUAUUGAGCAAGCAUAGAUUCAUGGAUGCUGCAUGCUUCUUCCUAUUAGCGGGCUCCCUAAAAGAUUGCGUCAAUGUCCUUUUGAAACAAGUAAAUGAUUUAGAUCUAGCUAUCGGUGUUUGCCGAGUAUACGAAGGAGAUAAUGGCCCAGUACUUCACGAAUUCUUACAUAACCAGGUACUACCAACGGCAAUUAUAGAAAGUGAUAGGUGGACAACAAGCUAUAUCUACUGGAAGAUGUGCAAACAAGGUUUAGCCAUUAAAGCUUUGGUGCAACCCCCAAUUGAGCUCGAUGACAAUGCAAAAUGGAUCACAAAAGAUAAAUGUGUCAAUAAGUCGUUUUUAGUCGAAGAUCCAUUACUAUUACAACUAUACCUGCAAUUGAGAGACCGCAAUAUUGAAUAUUAUAAUGCAGCGCUAGAGGUAAAUGAAAGUUUGGAAUAUGAUAUUAUUAUGCGCGUUGUUACUAUCUAUACCCGUAUGGGUUGCGAUUAUUUAGCUGUUGCUCUUCUACAAGAUUGGAAAUUUUUGGAAUAUAAAGAGUCUAAAGUAACUUCUCCUUCCAUUUCGCAAAGCUCUCAUACGAAAGCUUUCGACAGCACAGUCAUAGAACCGGUAACUACACAGAAGGCGAGACCUAGUCUCUUUGAUAAGUUUGAUCCUCAGUUUACGGAGAACUCAGGGCAUCUUCCUACCAAAACUGGUCAAUCGAGUCAAUCAAGAAGUAUUCUUGACUCUUAUAUCACCGAAAUUCCUUCUUUAGCUUCUUUGGGACAUAAGAGUUCCAAAUCAGCUUUAAACAUAAAUUCCAACAAAAGUUUAAAAUCUGAUAAUAACGAAGCACAACCAUCAUCUCAUGUAACUAACAUUUUGGACUCCUUUAUGAAUGAGCCCAGCUUCAUGAAACCCGGACAGAACUCUCAUGGAGACGUCGAAAGUGCGUUUACCGCAAAGGAAACAGACGACAACAGUAAAAAAUAUUCAACGGUAAAACACAAUGGUGAAAAGAAUAAUACGAUUAAGAAAGAAAAGAAAGUCAUAAAACCUAGAAAUUUAUUAGAUGAUUUUAUGUAA